ACAAACAUGUACGCAAAUAAUUUGUAGUAUAAAAUAAAUGUUCUCUUCCUUCUCUAUCUACACUCUCCCAGCUCACACUCCUCUUUAUCUCUAUCUACAUCUCUCUUUCUGUAUCUAUAGUUUGCUUCUCCUUUUCAUUCAGUAAAUAUGCCAAAGACUCUGAUCUAAACUCUGAGCACGUACGACCAAAGCGCGACGCGAAAAGGAACGGCAAAGUGCAGCACGACGAAGUUUCAGCAUUUUAUAUCUAACUGGGCUGCUGAUUUUAAUUGAGUUAAAAUCCAAUUUCACUUAUUUGGGUACAGCUGAGCAGAGUUUAACUCAAUCAGAAGUUAUCCCGUGAUAUGAGAAAAUUCUGAUAGCUUAGGUCAACUAUUUUGAUAUGGGCUUGAUUGAUCGUCAGCAUGAAGAUGGUUUUAGUUGGAGAUUUAGUGGUGUCCAGAUUUUUCUUAAUCAGCAUUGACUAACUAAACAACAGUGAAAUUGGGAGGAACAUUACACAUGCUCAGUUGUGAACUGAAACUCCUCUAUGCUGAUGAAGUUAUAUUGUUGAUUUCUUUUCAAGUGCUCAAAGGAUUUCCUGAUUAACUUCACAGUCUGCUCAUCUCAAGGUGAAAGUCAAGCUUGGUUUUGACCUACUUUGCAGCUGCUUGACACUCUUGAGGAUAAUGCAGUUCGUCUUCUAUUUCUGAAUUACAAAAAGAAAAAAACAAUGGAAUAUGAGACGCUGGUAACUGAUUAUCAGCCAAGAACUAGAGGGCGGGUUCUUGCUGCUAUUGGACCGGUGCUUUGGAUUGCUAUCAGCUAUGUAGACCCUGGGAAAUGGGCAGCAUCUAUAGAGGGUGGUGCUCGGAUUGGUUUUGAUUUGUCCUUACUGGUGCUUAUUGUAAACUGUGCUGCUAUUUUAUGUCAGUACCUGUCCGCACGUGUAGCAAUUGCCACUGGAAAGAAUCUUGCACAGAUUUGCAGCGAGGAAUACAAUGAUUUGACAUGCAUACUUUUAGGAAUUCAAGCAGAGAUCUCAAUGAUUGUGUUAGAUCUCACAAUGAUCCUGGGCACUGCUUAUGGCCUCAAUGCUGUUCUUGGAAUCGACCUAUUUAAUUGUGUUUUCUUGACUGGCUUUGAUGCAAUCCUGUUUCCAUUUCUUGCUAGCUUCCUUGGAAAUCCCAGGGCAAAGAUCUUAUCUAUAUGCUUGGCAUGCUUCGUAUUAGCAUCUUAUGGCUCGGGAGUUUUAGUAAGUCAAUCAGAAAGCUCAUUUUCCACGGGUGGGAUUCUUAAUAAGUUGACUGGAGAAAACGUAUACACACUCAUGAGCAUCGUUGGAGCAAAUAUCAUGCCCCACAACCUAUACCUCCAUUCUUCUAUUGUACAGGGUGAGGGGCGAAUAGACAUUCCUAAAGAGGCACUGUGUUAUGACCAUUUUUUUGCCACUUUAUGCAUCUUCAGUGGCAUUUUCCUGUUGAACUCCAUGCUUGUGAACUUGGCUGCCAAUGUGUUUUAUAGUAGUGGAAUAAUUUCGCUCACUUCACAGGAUGCAUUAUCAUUACUUGAUCAGGGAUUUCGAAGUACGUUAGCUUCAGUUGCUUUAAUAUUCAUUAUGUUUGUCUCCAAUCAACUUGUAGCUGUAUCUUGGUGUCUUGGAGUUGGAAGACAAGUGACUACCCUUGAUUUCUUCAGAUUGGAGAUUCCUGAUUGGCUUCACCGAGCCACUAUCAGAAUAAUUGCCAUAAUUCCUGCACUUUUCUGUGUUUGGAAUUCAGGAGCUGAAGGUAUAUUUCAACUCCUGAUCUUUACACAGGUUGUGGUUGCUCUUCUGCUUCCAUCUUCUGUCAUCCCUUUAUUUCGAGUGGCUUCCUCCAGAUCGAUUAUGGGAGUAUACAAAAAUCCUCUUCUGGUGGAUUUCUUUGCUCUAGCCUCCUUUAUUGGCAUGCUGGGUUUAAAGAUUGUGUUCGUCAUUGAACUGGUAUUUGGAAGUAGCGAUUGGGUUGUUAGUUUAAGGUGGAACAUUGGAAGUAGUGUGCCUAUUUCAUAUAUCAUUCUUCUGAAAGUUGCUUUUGCCUCCUUAUGUUUGACGCUUUGGCUGGCAAUUACCCCAUUGAAGUCUGCAAGUUCUAGUGUAGAUACACAGGCAUUGAAGUGGGAUGGUAAAGUUGCUGUGAUUGAUCCAUCUGUAGAGAGAGGCCCAACUGAAGUUAGUGAAGUCCAACAUCAAUUGGAAAAGUGUGUGGAAAAGCAGGAAGCUGCUUUAUCAUCUGAGAGAUUCUCUGGGAACCAUCAGAACUUACGGACUCCACCUCCAGAUUUGAAUUUGCAUGAAACACUUUUGGAUUCUGAGAUUAAUCUUGAGCUAACUACAAUUCAGGAGAAUACAUCUGAUGUUACAUUUUCAAAGGCUUCUCCAGGUAAUCCUGAGGCACCAGCAACCGUUUCAGAAUCUGCCUUUCCUGGAUCUGAUGUGAUUAGUAAAAGUGAAUCAUCGCUUGAUGGUGACUUGAGCGCAGAAACAAAAGACAUGGUGGAGAAGACGUUGAAAAUUGAGGGAGAUGUCCAGAAUGAGAAGGACUAUGAAGCAGAUCAAUGGAAGCCUCAGGAGUCGAUCAAAGAUGUUUCUGAGAGUGGCCUGUCUUUGUCUUCUGAUGGUCCAGGGUCUUUCAGAAGUGUUGGUGGAAAAAAUGAUGAUGUAGGAAGUGGUGCGGGAAGUCUUUCAAGAAUAGCAGGGUUAGGUCGUGCUGCAAGGCGCCAGUUAAGUGCUAUUCUUGAUGAAUUCUGGGGACAGCUGUUUGAUUUUCAUGGACAAGUUACACAUGAAGCCAAGGCUAAAAAAUUGGAUGUUUUGUUGGGGGUUGAUUCUAAGGGAGAUUCGAAAUCAUCUUUGGCUUCAGUUAAACUGGAAAGCAUCAGUAAAGAUACUACUGGAUAUAUCCCAUCUCCUGGUGCUAGAGGACCUGAGCUUUUAAGAACUUCUAGCUUUUACGGUUCCUCAAUGCAACAUAUUGGACAAAGUAACAUUGCAUCACCUCUUGGGGUUCAGCAGGGGUCGCCAAUGUGGUCUAAUCAAAUGCAUCUAAUAGAUGCAUAUGUGAGAAAUCCUAGCCACAAUACCCUUGACAAUAGUGAGAGGCGCUAUCACAGUGUGCAUAUCCCAUCAUCAUCUGAUGGUCAUGAUCAACAGCCAGCAACUAUUCAUGGUUAUGACAUGGUAUCAUAUCUGGGUCGAAUGGCUAAAGAAAAAGGUUCUGAUUAUCAAAAAAGUCAAUUGGAAUCACUAAAACAAACCUCAGUACCCUCUGUUAAAUCGAACUCCAUAGAUUCGUAUACUCGGCCAUCAGGGCAGAAGCCACAAAAUGGGUUGCGCAAGCCACCUGGUUUUCAUAAUAUUCCUGUUUCUGUGUCUCGAAUCAAUUCAUUAAUAACUGAGAGACCUUUUCACGAUAUUAGUUCUCAUGAACCCGUGGAUUACAACAAUAACUCGCCCAAUGUGAAGAAAUAUCACAGCUUGCCAGAUAUAACAGGACUUUAUAUCCCUCACCGAGAUUCCUCAUCGGAUAAAAGCUCUCAACGGGAUAAUUCUAUGGGCUACGGGCAAUCCAUUAGCCGGCCAGCUCGAGGGCAGAUGAGUUCAAGUGCUUCUUCAUGGGUUGGUACUGCUUUAGGAUUUAAUGAAUUUUCUCCUCCAAAGGUUUGUAGUGAUGCUUUUUCACUGCAAUACAAUUCGGGUUCAGGUGCUGGUUCGUUGUGGUCUAAGCAGCCUUAUGAACAAUUUGGGGUAGCUGAUAAAUCACCGUCAAAAAUUCCAGAGGCUGCAUCAUUGAUUGAAAUGGAAGCAAAGCUUCUGCAGUCUUUCAGAAGUUGCAUCAUGAGACUUCUGAAGUUGGAAGGAUCUGAUUGGUUGUUCAGACAAAAUGAUGGAGCUGAUGAGGACCUUAUUGAUCGAGUAGCUGCAAGGGAGAGAAUCCUUUAUGAAGCUGAAACUAGGAGUGUAGACAGAAAGCUUAGUACUGCUAUGAGAAUCGAUGAAACAGACCUGUCAAAGUUUAUGUCAGUUCCUGAUUGUGGUGAUGGAUGUGUUUGGCGAGUAGAUCUCAUUCUAAGCUUUGGGGUUUGGUGCAUCCACAGGAUUCUUGAACUUUCCCUCAUGGAAAGCAGGCCUGAACUUUGGGGGAAAUACACCUAUGUACUAAAUCGUCUUCAGGGGAUUAUUGAUCUAGCUUUUUCAAAGCCUCGUUCACCAAUGGCACCCUGCUUCUGCCUUCAGCUUCCUGUUGGAUACCAGCAAAAGUCAAGCCCGCCUGUUUCAAAUGGCAGCUUGCCACCUCCUUCAAAGUUAGGCCGGGGAAAAUUCACGACUGCAGCAAUGCUUCUAGACAUAGUCAAAGAUGUUGAACUUGCUAUAUCUUGCCGCAAGGGGCGAACAGGCACUGCAGCAGGCGAUGUUGCCUUCCCUAAAGGCAAAGAAAAUUUGGCAUCUGUUCUAAAAAGAUACAAGAGGCGGUUGUCAAAUAAACCAGUUGGUGAGAAGGCAGAAGUGGGACAUGGGAUGCGCAAGGCAGUUAGUUUAUCAUCUCCUCCAGGGUUGUAGCCCAUGUGUUAAGUUCAUAGGCGCUGGGAUGAAUAUUCGCAUUGAUUCUGGAGGAGAUGCACUCAGCUGCUAUGAACUAGCAGUCAGUCCCCUUUCCCCUUCCCUUGUGUAUUAAAAUCUUCACUGCACUUUUAGUUUCCUCGGUACUUUGGUCGUGUAUACAUAGGAUGUAACUGUGGUGGUCGAAGGAAACGGAAACGAAAACGAAAACGGGUAGAAGAAAGGUGGAAGUAUAUUUCUAUUGAAAGUGGAAUCUAGUUUUAACUUUACUUGGGCAUACUAACUGCUCCAGUAUAUAAUUUCUCCUCCAGGGUUGGGUUGCUUUACCUACUUCUUUGGACAGAGAGUGCUGAUGCAAUAUGCUCAUGCGUGUCUAUCCCACUUCACAUUUUGUAAUUAGUCACUAGAGGCAUCCCCAACUCCUAUGUUCAAGAUACAACCAAUGCCUCUAUUUAUGAAGUUGCAUCAUUUUGUCAAGUAAUGUACUCUCUCUUGAUAUAAUUCAUGACCCUUGCCCUUGCUUCAUUUAUUAAAUCACCUAAAAAAUACGAUGCUGCUGCUACACUACUGGAGAUUAAAAUUUGUGCUGUUUAAGUGUGGCAUCGAUCCGAUCUUGAUUAGAUCCAUUGGUUUUCUCACCAGAUAAAUAUAUAUGAUGAAUAUGACAUGUAGUUGAGAGAAAUGAACACUUGACAUAGACAUGAUUUGGAAUUUCCUCGAUGUAUCAUUUUUUCUUCCACACUAUUGAAGAUAUAUUUGUAGAUUAGGUUAUACAAAAAAGAUUGUAACCCAAGUCCUAACUCAACCCAAUUAACAUGAUUCCAUGCCCCAUGUCGUAUGUUGUUGACCUUAUCGCAAAAAGAGAUAAGAAAUGGGUGAUACAUCAUUAUUACUACUCGAUCUAGUGAUGGCAUCGCAUAGGCUUAACUAGCGACUUUUAUUUAAUCGUUGAUUUUGUUGUGUCUAUUUGCUACACUUCCUUGUUCAUCCACAGCAGAGGACGAAUAAGAAUAAAACAAAAAGGAAACAAUAAAGAAAGAAAGCCCUUUUGCUUAAUUAGAUUGCAAAUCCACUUUAGGUUGGCGGUGCACAAUUCAGCAUCUCUCUCUCCCAAAAUUGAGCUGCGUCAGUUGCAACUGCUUAGGAAAUUACUCAAUUAAGAACGUUCUUCCGUGUUUUGAAGAUUUUAGAGGAGUUUGAUGGGGUACGUGGUGGUGAUUUCUCUGCCGGUGAUCUUGUUCUUCUCAAUUACUGCGAUUGCAUGUUAUCUGUUUGGUAGGGAGAGAGGCCGUCGUCAAGCUGCAAGGCUUCCUCAGUAUGUUGGGCCGCCGGUUCCGGUUCCGGCUCCGCCUUCGCCUCCCCACAAGUAGAACUUCGUUACUGUACUCAUGCUAGUGAGUGCUGAAUUCAGAUUUCUUCAUCUUUCUGUCUGCGAAUUUACCAACUCACUUUGUAUGUCUAUAAUAAUAUAGAAAUAGCACAUUUUUUGUGAGUUUGUCACCAUAUAUACAUACAUUUAAGUGACUUUGGAUAGUUGAUUUUUUCAGCUACAAACUUCAAAA